AUGCCGCGCUGUGGGUGCUGCAGACGCAAGGACCAGCGCCCUCCGAAAAUGGCAUUUCGGCACUUGAUGGCGGUGAAGUUCUGGAAUGGAGCUUACGGGGCGUCGAUCGGGUCCACGCUCUUUUAUUAUGUGACCUAUGUGCUGCGGCUUGGUGGAUGGGAGCGUAUGCAGGUUAUCGUGGGAGGUGGUCUUCUGGCCGGCGUCACGGAGGUGACCCUCAACUGGAUCUACAUGCGAGUCUUCAGCGCUGGAGACGUCAGGUUAGACAUGACCGGCAAAAAAGACCGCAAGCUGCUACGAUACGUGGUAUUCUCUCGAUUCUUCAAUGCGAUCGCAACGUUCGGCAUCAUUGGAUGGGCGGAGCCUUCAAUCUUCAUGGUAUUCCUGUGGGCUGUCACGACACGAUUUGGCUUGGCCAGCUUCUCGUUCUGGCGAGUUUCCGCACAGUGUUGGCUGGUGGAUGAGGACUGCAUCUUUGGUGAGGUUCCAGGACGGCGGCGCCAAGGUGUGAUCUUUGGUGCGCUGGCCAUGACGCAAAACUUUGCAGGUGCCGUCUUCUCCUCUCUGACCUUUCUCGGCCUGGGUCUGGCAGGGCUCCAAACGGUGAAUUGCGAGGAUCAGUGCAAGCAUCUUUCCACCAAGCAGAUCGUCGACUCAACCGGUGCUGUAGGUGAAUGCAUCGAAACCUGCUUCCUUGGCGUGAUCGCAAUGCAGCCCGACAGCCUGCGCUGGUACGUCCGUGCAGUGAUCGGAUUCUGGGCUCCUUUGUGCGAGCUGUUUGUCGCCUUCCACGCCUGGAAGUUUCCGAUAAAGGGGGCCAGGCUACGGCGGUUGUAUGCAGGAAUUAGCCAAAGUCGGGGCGAGGAGAUUAACCUGACACUCGAGGAUGCAGGGGCACCACACACGGGGAAGUCCAAGAUCGUGCUCAGUGUGGAGGCCACCAAGAGCAACAACUCCAACAAGAUGCGGCGCCAGAACACUGAUGGAGAAGGUCUUCUGUGGAGGUUAGCACAUACCACCGCCCUGGUGGAUUCGUGGCCGGGAGCGAAGUCCUUGUCGGUGCUUUUCGACAUCAACGAGGCGGCUCCUUUGGACAUGCGGCGCAGCCACAGGUCCACGGCCCAUUCUGCAGGGGAGGGCGAGACCUCAGUGGACCUCUCCAAGCAGGUGCGGAACCCUGGAUAUGGGUAG